UAUAAAAUCCCACCUCCUCUGUUCUCACUCUUCACACACUGCCUUUCGCUCUCGCAAACCCUAGACGACUCCUUCGUCAUUCAAAUCUUGUAGAGAGAAAGAGAAAUAGUUUCAGAGAUCGAUAAUGGCAGAUAUCGAAACGUUUGCGUUCCAGGCCGAAAUCAACCAAUUGUUGAGUUUGAUCAUCAACACAUUUUACAGCAAUAAAGAAAUCUUUCUUCGUGAGCUCAUCAGUAAUGCCUCCGAUGCGCUUGAUAAGAUUCGUUUUGAGAGCUUAACGGAUAAGAGCAAGCUAGAUGGACAACCAGAGCUUUUCAUACACAUUAUUCCCGACAAGACUAACAACACAUUGUCCAUCAUUGACAGUGGAAUUGGCAUGACCAAGGCUGAUUUGGUAAACAAUCUUGGGACAAUUGCAAGGUCAGGGACCAAGGAGUUUAUGGAAGCUCUUGCUGCUGGUGCUGAUGUUAGUAUGAUUGGUCAGUUCGGUGUCGGAUUCUAUUCAGCUUACUUGGUGGCCGAGAGGGUCAUUGUCACCACAAAGCACAAUGAUGAUGAGCAGUAUGUAUGGGAAUCACAAGCUGGCGGGUCUUUCACUGUUACCAGGGACAACUCUGGUGAGAUCCUUGGAAGGGGCACGAAAAUUACCCUCUUCCUCAAAGAAGACCAGCUUGAGUACCUUGAGGAGCGUCGCCUCAAGGACCUGAUUAAAAAGCAUUCUGAGUUCAUUAGCUACCCAAUUUCCCUCUGGAUUGAGAAGACCACUGAAAAGGAAAUUUCUGAUGAUGAGGAUGAGGAAGAGAAGAAGGAUGAGGAAGGGAAGGUAGAGGAGGUUGACGAAGAGAAAGAGAAGGAAGAGAAGAAAAAGAAGAAAAUCAAGGAAGUGUCCCAUGAAUGGUCUUUGGUGAACAAACAGAAGCCUAUUUGGAUGAGGAAGCCAGAGGAGAUCACAAAGGAAGAGUAUGCAGCUUUCUACAAGAGCCUUACCAACGAUUGGGAGGAGCACUUGGCUGUGAAGCACUUUUCAGUUGAGGGCCAAUUGGAGUUCAAGGCCGUUCUCUUUGUGCCUAAGAGGGCGCCUUUUGAUCUCUUUGACACAAAGAAGAAGCCCAACAACAUCAAGCUUUAUGUCCGCCGUGUUUUCAUAAUGGACAACUGUGAGGAGAUUAUUCCCGAGUAUCUGAGCUUUGUUAAGGGUAUUGUGGAUUCUGAGGACCUUCCUCUGAACAUCUCGAGGGAGACAUUGCAACAGAACAAAAUUCUUAAAGUCAUUCGCAAGAACUUGGUGAAGAAGUGCAUUGAGCUCAUCUUUGAAAUUGCUGAGAACAAGGAGGAUUACAAUAAGUUCUACGAGGCCUUCUCAAAGAACCUCAAGCUUGGCAUUCAUGAGGAUUCCCAGAACAAGACUAAGCUUGCUGAAUUGCUUCGAUACCACUCCACCAAGAGUGGUGAUGAAAUGACUAGCUUGAAGGAUUAUGUGACUAGGAUGAAGGAGGGCCAGAAUGACAUUUAUUACAUCACUGGUGAGAGCAAGAAGGCCGUGGAGAACUCUCCAUUCCUUGAGAGGCUGAAGAAGAAAGGCUAUGAGGUGCUCUACAUGGUUGAUGCUAUUGAUGAGUAUGCAGUGGGACAGCUGAAGGAAUUUGAGGGUAAGAAGCUGGUCUCAGCAACCAAGGAAGGUCUGAAACUUGAUGAAAGUGAGGAUGAGAAGCAGAAAAAGGAGGCUCUAAAAGAGCAGUUUGAGGGUCUUUGCAAGGUGAUCAAGGAUAUAUUGGGCGACAAGGUUGAGAAGGUCAUGGUGUCUGAUCGUGUAGUUGACUCUCCCUGCUGUUUGGUGACUGGGGAGUAUGGAUGGACUGCCAACAUGGAGAGGAUCAUGAAGGCACAGGCUCUAAGGGACUCGAGCAUGGCUGGCUACAUGUCAAGCAAGAAGACAAUGGAGAUCAACCCUGAGAAUCCCAUAAUGGAGGAGCUCAGGAAGAGGGCUGAUGCAGACAAGAACGAUAAGUCUGUGAAGGACUUGGUUCUCUUGCUGUUUGAGACUGCACUGCUAACUUCUGGCUUUAGCCUUGACGACCCCAACACCUUCGGAAACCGAAUCCAUAGGAUGCUCAAACUUGGUCUGAGCAUUGAUGAAGAAGCUGGUGAAGCUGAUGUAGACAUGCCUCCAUUGGAGGAAGCGGAUGCUGAUACCGAGGGGAGCAAGAUGGAAGAGGUUGAUUAAGCAACAGCUCUGGUGGCUUUUAGUUUUAUAAUGAUUCAAACUUUCUCUACUUGUUUAGGUUUUUAUCUUUUUUGUGUUGAAACUGGUGGAUUAGAUCUGCAUUUUUAAAUGCCUUUUUUGAUGUGGAACUUGUGCAAUUGGUACAAUCGGCUCUUUAAUAUCUAAAAAUCUAGUCGUUGUUGGUAA